GCCUCAAACUCAGAGAACCACCUGCCUUUACCUCCUGAGUGCUGGGAUUUAAGGCGUGCGCCACUACGCCCGGCUGAGAAACUCCUUUCUGCAGUGAAGGAUGGCCAAGCCCACUCUGAGGGGAAAUGGCACUAACUCGGAAUGCCUACGACAGCGCUUCAGGAGAUUCCAUUACCAGGAGGUGACUGGACCCCGGGAGGCUUUCAGCCAACUAUGGGAACUUUGCUGUCGGUGGCUAAGGCCAGAGGUGCGCACCAAGGAGCAGAUUGUGGAAUUGUUGGUGCUCGAGCAGUUCCUGACUGUGCUACCUGGGGAGAUCCAGAACUGGGUACAAAAGCAAUGUCCAGAAAAUGGAGAGGAGGCAGUGACAUUGGUGGAAGACUUAGAAAGAGAGCCUGGGCCACCUGGACAUUCGGUCACAGUCUCUGUAAAGGGGCAGGAAAUGCACUCGGAGAAGAUGACAUCCCCGAAAUCAUCACAGGCGUUAUUAAGUGUUCUUCAGGAGUCAGUGGACCCCCAGCCCAGGGGUGUGUCCAAGAAAGAGAGGGCAAGAAGCCCAGCCCUGGGACUACAGGAGCAGAUGAACCCAAAGAAGACUCUGAGACCUUUCCAAAGGAGCGGAUUUCCAUUUCCUACACCUGAUGUGGUCUCCAGAUUGGAUCAAGGAGAGCCAUGGAUCCCAGAUCUGUUCAGCUCCAAGGAGAAAGAUGUCCCAAAAGGAAAGAGCACAGGAGACAAACAAGUUUAUACUGAUCCAUUACCAUCCAAGAGAGAGAGAAGCCACGGGGUGGAACAGGACCACUGGGGCUUUGAUGAUGAGCAAGUGGUGGGCGUGCACUGGGGCUACAGAGAGACUAGAACACUCCUCGCAAUUCUCAGUCAGACUGAAUUUUAUGAAGCUCUCCGAAACUGCCAUAGGAACAGCCAGGUGUAUGGGGCUGUGGCUGAGAAGCUGCGUGAGUAUGGCUUCCUCCGGACCCUGGAACAGUGCCGGACCAAGUUCAAAGGCCUUCAGAAGAGCUACAGGAAGGUCAAGAGUGGUCAUCCACCUGAUACCUGCCCUUUCUUCGAAGAGAUGGAAGCCCUGAUGAGUGCCCAGGUCAUUGCACUGCCCAUCAGUGGCCUGGAAGAGGCCAUUUGCCAUUCUGGCCAGGCAGGCACCGACACGGAACCUGAGGAGCCAGGGCUGAGGGCCUGGCAGCAUGAGGAUGGAGACGAGGCUGUGGUUGAAGGGUCUGACAGUGAUGACUUGGAGGCAACCCCCCAGGACCCCGACAACCCACCUGCGUCUGUCCUCUUCCGAAGCCCAAGCGGUGUACACUGGGGCUAUGAAGAAACCAAGACUUACCUUGCAAUUCUGAGUGAGACUCAGUUCUACAAAGCCCUCCAGAACUGUCACCGCAACAGCCAGUUAUAUGGAGCAGUUGCUGAGAGAUUAUGGGAAUAUGGCUUCCUUAGGACCCCAGAGCAAUGUCGGACCAAAUUUAAAAGCCUACAAACCAGCUAUCGGAAAGUCAAGAAUGGCCAGGCACCAGAAACCUGCCCCUUCUUUGAAGAAAUGGACGCUUUGGUGAGUGCCCAAGUUGGUGCCCCACCUAAUGAUGACCAGGAGAAAGAAACAGCUUCUUGCUAUCUCCAGGGAACCAGUGAGCCUCAAGCUGAGAAGCAAGCUGAGGACUCAGAAGAAGAUUCAGAUGACGAAGAUGAUCCUGAGAUACCCCCAGGGGCUGUUACAACCCGUGCCCCAGUCUUAUUCCAGAGUCCCAGUGGUUUUGAGGCUGGAUUUUAUAAUGAAGAGAAUCUUAAACGAGAUAUUUCUGAGGAAGUACGGCUGCAUAGAACAUUACUUGCAAGGUCUGAAAGGAAAAUUCCCCGUCAUGUUAAUCAAGAUAAAGCUAGUAAGAAUGGAUGUUCAUCAGAAAGCCAGUGGGAAAAGAUCCAAAGAGCGAACAAAAGAAAACCAGCAUUCCCAGAGAAGAAUAUAGGUACAGUCCUGACUUAUCAGAGAACAGGUUUGGGAGACAGACCCUAUAAAUACCUCAGAUAUGGCAAAGGCUUUGGCCCAAACUCCCAUCUCCUGUAUCAGGUAUUCCAUCAUGUAGAGAAUCCGUAUAAAUGUGCUGACUGUGGGAAAAGCUUCAGCCGGAGCGCACGCCUCAUCAGACACCGAAGAAUCCACACUGGAGAAAAACCGUAUCAGUGUCUUGACUGUGGCAAAGGUUUCCGUGACAGUUCCAAUUUCAUUACCCAUCGGAGAAUCCACACAGGAGAAAAACCUUAUCAGUGUGGUGAAUGUGGAAAACGCUUCAAUCAGAGCUCAAGCCUUAUAAUUCACCAGAGAACCCACACAGGAGAGAAGCCUUACCAGUGUGAAAAGUGUGGGAAAAGCUUCAAUAACAGUUCUCACUUCAGCGCUCACAGGAGGACACACACAGGAGAGAGACCCCAUGCGUGUCCUGACUGUGGUAAGAGUUUCAGUAAGAGUUCUGACUUACGUGCACAUCACAGAACCCACACAGGAGAGAAACCCUAUGAGUGCCACAAUUGUGGCAAGUGCUUCAGUAAGAGCGCUGCCCUUAACAAACACCGAGAGAGCCAUACCCGAGGAAAGCUGCCGUCACAGCCCAGGCCUACGUAAGCUCCCAAGGCACGUCCUCUCCGUCUGCGCCUGAGGAAGCACCGCUCAGGACUUCUGCCAUCGUUUGUUCCUUACGCUUCCCAAAUCUAGCCGAGCCCAAUGUCAGUGGUUUGAGGAUGAAAAGUAGAUUUUGGUCUGAACUGAUGGUAAUAACGUCUUCCUCCCUCGUGCCUGAGCUGUUCCCUUCAAGAGGAUAUGUAGUAUAUCCUGUGGACCUUACGUAUGUCCUCACUCCUCCUGUCAUUCAGUGCACUUCAGUUGAAAAACCCACCUCAGCAGUUUUUCAAAGAAGUUGUGAGACGACUCAUUGAUUGGGCCGUCUUGCUCACUUAAACCUGUGCAUACUCUUCAUUUAUCUUUUAAAGAGAGUUUAAAGUCCAACUUGGUUCUAUCUGUUUCCAAGAAUCUGGGCUGGGGAUAUAGCUCAGUGGUAGAGCACUUGCCCAGUAUGCACAGGAUCCUGGGUUCAAUCCUCAGUAACACACAGAGACAGAGAGUGAGUCAGGGAAACAAUAUAGCCUUCUAUGAACACUGGAUUUCUUAGUUUCUUGUAGAGUCUGCAAGGGCUGUAAUAGAAUAUACUGCAUUUAUAGCAUCUCAUUUGAUUUUUCUCUUCUCCCCUCCCCUCCUGUCCCUUGUGGACUAGAAGCCAAAAGAGCAAACUAGAUGGAUGUGGUGGCAGAAAAAGCAGUUAAAGCUACUGAUAGGAGUUGUCUAUUUUCUAACACUCCACACACAUAUUUUAUUUAUAUAUAUAUAUAUAUAUGGAGAGAGAGAGAGAGAGAGCAGCCUGUGGGUGCUCAAUACUGAUUGCAAGGAGCAGAAGCACUGCCAUAUUCCCAUGUAUAGGUAAAAUACACUUUACCCUAAAUGACAGGGAAGAUGGCAGAGCUACCAAUCUGCACACACACACACACACACACACACUCACUCACUCAACUACACAAAUAAAAGUAUCUAAAAGUAUCUAUUUAAACAUACAAGUCAUUAUGGGUUUUCCAAAUUGGGUGGUAUUGAAUUAUUUCCCAUAUAUUCAUAGACUUAUGAUAAGCCCUGUAUAAUAAAAAUAAAACAGUCCCUACCCUUGUCUUGGAAAACAGGUAAUACAUGGACAGAAAGCACAAAUAUAUAGUUGCAACAUUUAGUAUUUUUUAAAGACAGGGUCUCACGAUGUAGCAUUGGCUGACCUGGAACUCAAUAUGGAUAGUAUACUGGCCUUGAACUCAGUCUUCAAAGUGCUAGGAUUAAAGUUAUGUAUCACCACAACAGGCUGCAACUGUUUUAAAGAAAUUUAGGAAGCUAAGUAGUGUUACUACACCAGAAAUAAGUUGUAACAUAGCAUGCUCUGAGAGAAAUCUGGAAAAUAUUUUUUUCAGGAAACAGUAAGCAUUCAAAGGAAGAAAAGUAACUAGAUAAAUUAUGGUGAGACAGACUUUCCAAAACUAGUUGUAAAAUUGGUGCUAGGUGGGUGAAAAGUGGGAAAACAUCAAAGCAAAGACAAAAGACCUUUUUAAGGUCACUAAAGCUCGACGCAGGAAAAGUUCACGAAUGUUUGACACAGCUAUACAGGGGCAGAGAACCCGCUCAGCAGACGGGGAGUGCUAGAGGCAGACCCUGAGGUGUUCCGUGUGCUGUGUGCUUCCUGAUGACAGGGCAGCAGCUGGCUCAGGGAAAGAUGAGUUGUAGGAGACCAGCUCCUUUGAGAGAUCAACAUCAGAAUUACCAUCUAGUGAAGAUACUCUAAGGAGGUCAGAAAAGAUGACCAUGGUCAGAUGGCCAAGACCUGGAAUAACUAACUUUCACAUUUCACUUUUAUUAGAUACCCACAGCUAGAUUAAGAUCUGAGGUAGUUAUAAGGAUAUAAGACUGUUCUAAAAUUUAUUAGGAUAAGCAAUUAAUUAGGGUUCUGGUAUUAAGGAAUUCUAAACAAAGAACUAACAUUAACAAUUAUGGGAAAAUGGUAUUUCAGUUAUGCUACCUAAGCAAGCAGGAAAGUACAGGAAAACCCUGUUUAAAGCAGGGAUCUGAGAUGGCUUUGGAAGUGAGUUGCAAUGUCAAGGAAAAUGGGGAUUAUUAUCGCUAGUAUUAAUCUAUUUUUGUACUGUGGAAAAGGCCUAAGGGUAUUAGCAAACAGAUGGUUCCAAAUGUCUUGUAUGUUAAACUGCUUCUGUUUCUCUUCCUGUAAAGCAGAAUAAUGUUUACACCAAGUCUGCCUCUCAGGGAUAUCAUGUUAAUAAAAGUUAUGUCCAUAAAGUGCUCUGUGUUUCUUCAGGUGUUUCAGUGUAAAUUUUACAUAUGCAAAUUAUAUAAAAUUAUUAGCUUGGUCAUAAGUUCUUAUGAUCAAAUUGUGGAUGGUAGAAAAAUAAAUUAUCUGACUUUUUUCCUUCUUGUUGUUAC